AUGUUGGAGGGCUACUACUUGCCGACGGGUCCGCCCUUGCACCUAGGCAAUUUCCUUGCCGAAUACGAAAGAAAGCUAUCCGGCGGCGACGGCGAAUUGCCCUUCUUCCUUCAAGCCACUCCCGUGCUUAUGGACGUCGGCGAGAGCUGCUCCUUGGAUAUGAUCGACUCUCCAGAGGACAGCUCAGUCAUCAACUUUCAACCCGGUGCCGACAUCUAUAGACCCGUGGUAACUCAGCCUCAGGAGGACCACCAUGUGCCCAACACCUUUUCCGCUUUGAGCGAGCACAAGGCCAGGUCGAAGACAAAUGCCUUCACCCGUACACCCUACUCCUACAAGAUCAACCCGCUUAUGUCGGAGGCCAACGAUGUCGCGUUGAAUGCCUACGAGCUGGAGAUAAGUGUCCGUGUGUACCGGCCAGCUCGGGCCGCUCAUCGGGGCUACAAGGUGGAGCUGCCUGUGUUCGCCCAGGAGUACCUCUGCCUGGGAAGCAACUACCUGACCGAGCUGCGGGACAAGAUCAGUUGCAUAUGUUCGGGCAAGCGCUUUAUAGACAUCAGCCAAGACCCGGACGCGCCCUUGCCCGCCAUCGACACAAAUCCCGGUUACUUUUUCAUUAACGAUACCUUCUACAAUGACAUGCGGAACCCGAACAAUUGCGACUACUCGGCGACGGUGAUCCAGUGGGCAAGGAGUGCGCACGGGAUGCAGGGCGACACGUUUAAGGUGCGACGUAUGGAGGACACACGUUUUAUCGACCUCACUGUGUCGCCUGGAUCGCCGCUGCACUACCUGCACCACGGCAACUGCGAGCACCUGUUUGUCAUUUCACAGAUGGAGGUCCUAACGCCGCGCAGUAAACGCCCGGAUCGCAGCCUGUAUCCCUGCCCGCGCAGCUAUAGCACCUUCAACCGCAGGACAUGCUACAUGUGCGGCGUCAACAGCUUUCACUUUAUUGUCGAAAAGUCGUCGCGUCAGCUGCACGAUCCCUCCUACCUGUGCCGAACCUGCUUCCUCAGUUUCUACUACGUAGACGGCCAGAAGGUAGGUCAGUUCAAGGCCUAUCGCAUCUACGAUCACGAUCCGGAGGAGCCUAAGGAAAACGAGGUGGCAGCGGAUGAUUGUUAACAGACUGAUGUAAAUAAUGAACACUAAACUAGCGUUAAGUUCUUAAUUUAGAUAAUUACAUGAAAAACUUGACUUUUA